GAAGUAAUAAUUAACAGCUGUUUUUAGACCAUGCGCAUGUAAAUAAAUUGUUUGUAGUUUAGUUCUAACUUGAGAACAAGAACAAAAUUAUAUAAGUAAAUGUAAAUAAUUAACGAAAAGUAUUACAAGAAAUGUGCUGAAAAAUAAGUGGACAGAUAAAGCCGGUGCCUGCAAACCAACUCAUGUUCCGAAUUAAAACGGUGUCAAUGCAAAAAAUAAGAGAGCCUUGACCCUUCAACAGAUGUCAGUGAAUUAGAUGAUCGAUUGAAAAAUCACAGAAAGAAGAAACAAGUUUAGUUUAAUGCAUACUGAAGUAAACCGCAUCUUGCCAUUUAAACUAACAUAAGAAUUACAUCGCCUGUACCCUUUCCCCCUUUAAUCCAAAAUAUACCAAUGUUAAGUUUGCGAGGAUUGCUCAUACACUCAAGAUUUCCCAAGCCCAGUUGCUUAGGUGUGAAAUUUCAAGCCACAAACACUGAAGAUAGAAGAAUUCAUAAUCGAAAACCUGUAAACUUAAUAACACCCACCUGCAACUAUUUGAGAUUGGGACCAAGAUGUUUACACAAAUCUUCGCUAUUGCUACAGCAAGACAUCAAAGAUAAAGUUUCAAAUGUGACGCCAACCACAAAACUGACUGAAAAAGUUGCAACAGCAAUUUCCCCUUAUGUACGCCUUAUGCGUAUGGAUCGACCCAUUGGUACCUACCUCCUAUUCUGGCCCUGUGCAUGGAGUAUAGCAUUGAGCGCCAAUGCUGGUUGUUGGCCUGAUCUCUAUAUGUUAGCAUUAUUUGCCAGUGGUGCUUUGAUAAUGCGUGGAGCUGGCUGUACCAUAAAUGAUUUGUGGGAUCGUGAUAUUGAUAAGAAGGUGGAAAGAACGCGCAAUCGGCCAUUGGCUAGUGGUGAAGUGACACCAUUCGAUGCCAUAGUAUUCUUAUCUGCCCAAUUAAGUUUAGGUCUGCUGGUCCUGUUGCAGUUGAAUUUGGAAUGUAUUAUGUUGGGUGCAUGUUCCUUGGGUCUGGUCGUAACCUACCCGUUAAUGAAACGUAUUACCUAUUGGCCUCAGUUAGUAUUGGGUAUGGCUUUCAAUUGGGGAGCCUUGUUGGGUUGGUGUGCCACCCAAGGUUCUGUAGAUUGGUCGGCAUGUUUACCUCUAUAUCUCUCUGGCAUAUGUUGGACGAUAAUCUAUGAUACGAUUUACGCCCACCAGGAUAAAAAAGAUGAUGUACAAAUUGGCGUAAAGUCAACAGCUUUGCGUUUUGGGGACAACACAAAAAUCUGGUUGUCUGGAUUCACAGCGGCAAUGUUAUCGGGACUCACAGCAGCUGGUAUGGCAUGUGAUCAAACGUUACCGUAUUACGCGUCUGUGGGUAUCGUUGGCGGUCACCUAAUACAACAGAUCUACUCCCUAAAUAUCGAUAACGCUACAGACUGUGCCAAAAAGUUCUUUUCCAAUAGUCAAGUGGGAUUAAUAUUAUUUUUGGGUAUUGUACUUGGUACCCUACUCAAAUCGGAGGACACUACAAAGGAAACAAAAACGAAUAAAACAGCAAUUAGUAGCAGUAAUAGUCCGACAAUUAAUGGGUUUGUACCAUUACCAUCUACGUAGUCUUACUUUACACAUAGGUUAGGUUAAAUUUUAGUUUAUUUUUUCUAUCACCAAAGUACUUUGUUUAACAAGUAAUUGCACAUUUUUUAGUUCAUAAUUAAAAAAAAUAUUUAUCGAUAACGAUAAAAUUUUUUAAUUGCUUAUUAUUAAUGUAAAUUGGCUUAUAGUUUGUAUACAAUACAGGAUUAACAUGUUCUUUUCUGGGAAGCUUAACACUUCGUUCAAUAAAUAAAGUCCAAGUUUUGUUCUCAAUUCAA